AUGCCGAAAAUUCUAGUAGUUGGUGGUGGUAUAGCGGGACUUGCCGUUGCUUUGGGUCUUCGCCGAGCCGGCCAUACAGUACAAGUCUUUGAGGCAUCGGAACUGACCUCUGAGGAUACUGAUGGAGCGGUUGAUCAAAUUGGACCCAAAGUGAACGAUAUCUUGGAGAAGUGGGGCGUCGACCCUUUGUUGACAUUGCCAGUACCCAUCAAAGAGGCCGGAUGGAAAUUCUACGAGCGCAGUAAACUCCAUCGAGGAUUGCUCGUGUUGGCUACGGCUUCAACAGGACCAGGCCAUCCCUUGGAACUCUUCCUGGGGAAGAAAAUCGAGUCUGUGAACCCAAAGUCAGGGUCGGUUAGUGUCGAAGGUGGCCAGACCUAUCAUGGGACGCUGUCAUUGGAGCUGAUGGGUGGCAUGUAA